AUGGAUUCAACGAUAAUAAUAUCCGAUAAAAGUCCUCAUCAAUUCUCACAUGAAUGCAAAAAUCUCACACUCAUAUCAAUACCCUCCCAGGCAGCAAACCCCAUCAACACACAAAAAGUCCAACUAAACCACCGCUCACCAGUCCAGAAGACGGAAAACGGAAGAAUAGCCCAAACCACAUGGUCACUGCCCAUCUUCAGCAUUGACGAGGCCGUAGCUCCCAAACACCGACCACACGCCUCACACAUGACGCUGAAUAAAACAAAGAAACACACACACAGUUUGCACGCCUACACCAAAGACCACCUAAAGAUCACAGCUUUCCCACACCCAUCUUCCACAAGUUCCGCGCAACAAUGCCAGAAAGUUCCGGCGGCAGCCAUUCGGAAGCUCCCCACGCCCUACCCAUCGGCGUUACCCAAAAGUGGCUGCGGCAACUAA